UAUUUCUGAUUGGUUUUGGUAAUAAAAAGUAAAUAAAAUUUAGCAUAUAAAAAGACACACAUUUGGUUAGGCUGUAUACUGUAAUGACAAUUCAAGAAAACAAUUGAUAAUGAGGGAUGAAGUUAUAUUUAGCUGUUUGCUUCUGACAGUAUGUGGAAUGUCAAUUCAAAAGAGAAAUGUAGAUGUGGAAGAAAUAUAUGGCAAACAUAAUGAUUUCGGAAUGAAAACAAGAGAUGAAUUCAGUGAUAUCCGAAUCAGUAAUCGCAGGAAAAGGUGGAGCAUUGGAAAUGGCAAUAACGGCGAUCAUAACUCUGCAAAUGGCAAUCAAAACAUUGGCAAUACAAACAUCAAAAAGAGCAAGCAUACAAAUGUGAUAGAUGCUCGAAAUGAAAGAAAUUUAGGAAGGAAACGAAGGCUGAAAAUCUGUAAAAAAUGGAGCAUAGGAAGUAACUAUACAGGCGAUGGAAAUACAGCAGAUAACAACACUAAUAUUGACAACAAGAAUAAAAUAACAAAUGAAAUUGGGGUAGGAAAUUUUGAACAUUCUGAACAGAAAAGUGACUGGAGUAUCGGCAGUAACAACAAAGGAAAUAAAAAUUCCGCAAACGGCAACACAAAUAUUUGCAAUAACCAAAAACAUAGUCACAAGAAUACAAAUGUACUUAAGGCUGGACAUGUCAGAAACAAUGGAAAGGAAAGUGGCUGGUCAUAUAAGAGAAAAAGAGGGAGAAAAAUUAAUAACCGAGGAUAGUUUUGACAAUAACGCAAAUGUAUUUGGGGUUGUUGUUGCCGGAAACUUUGAUAGGAAAUAAUAGGUUUAUGCAUUCGUUUUCGUUUGUUGUUUCUCGAAAUUAUAAAUAUGGUCCCAGAUCAAAGGUAUUGCAGAUGCUGAUUUACUGAGUCUAUUUGUUUUUAAAAGCAUAAAAGAUUGUUCACUUCAGAAAAAAGUUAAGGAUAAAUUUGAAAACAAUUGUAUAGUUGUAUAGGCAAAAUCUUACUAUAUUUUGCCUAUUAAAGUUUUUUUUAUUCGAGCGUCACUGAUGAGUCUUUUGAGGACGAAACACCCGUCUGGCGUACACUAUCUUAAUACUGGUAGAAAUUGACAGACAGUAUUGGAAAAUAAAUCUUGUUAAUUAAUCAAAUCGUCCUAUACAAUGCAAUUGUCUUCUGUUUCUCAGGUUAAAUAAUGAAUCUUCAAGGACGUUUAAUAUCAAGUUCUAUUUUCUUCGAAAAUGCGUAUAAAUAUUUUGAUAUAUUAACAUGAUUAAUGAAUCUUGUAUUUGAUUAACUGUUUUGUUUUAGUUCUUUGCACCUUUUUAUAUUAUGUGGUUUAUAUGUCAAAACUGCUGACUACAAUGAACAUGCUUUAUUGUAAUCCAUUUGAUAUUGUGAAUAUUUGACGUUUUCAUUUUGCG